UGGAAGACGAAAUUAUAUAGCAGCGCCUAGAAGAAUACAAUUGGUCUACUUGUCCAGGCGAGGUCGGCCUGGUACUUUGCUCUCAGGAAGCGACCUGUGGAACUGUGGGCAGCAGUGCACCUGCAAUCUAUUCGUGAAAAUAUUUCAAAAUGCCUACCAUUACCGUGGACAAGGCUGCAUUGUUCAAGGCAUUGGGCAGAGAAUACACGACAGAUGAGUUCGACGAGCUUUGCUUCGACUUCGGGAUUGAACUGGAUGAGGAUACUUCUCUCACAGAGAGACCGAUUGUCGAUGGCAAACAAGAACCACCACAAUUGAAGAUCGAGAUCCCAGCUAAUCGAUACGACAUGCUAUGUUACGAGGGCAUUCAACUUAUGCUCAACAUCUUCAACCGCAGAAUACCAGCUCCCAAGUAUGUCUUGAAAGCGCCACCGAAGGGUGAAAUACAGUCCAUCACAGUCACGAAGGAAACUGCGACUGUACGGCCCUACGUGUCUGGAGCCAUCUUACGGAACAUCAAGUUCGACCAGGCCAGAUACGAAUCUUUCAUCGACUUGCAAGACAAACUCCACCAGAACCUUGCUAGGCAGCGGACUCUUGUUUCCAUCGGUACGCAUGAUUACGACCUCAUUGAAGGCCCAUUCACAUACGAAGCACUACCUCCCAAGGACAAGAAAUUCAUCCCGCUGAACCAGUCAAAGGAAAUGAACGGGGAGGAAUUGAUGGCCUUCUACGAAAAGGACAAGCAUUUGGGCCGAUACCUACACAUCAUCCGGGACUCGCCCGUGUACCCUUUCAUCCUAGAUUCGAAACGCAGAGUAUGUUCAUUACCGCCGAUCAUCAACAGCAAUCUCAGCAAAAUCUCGCUCGACACAAAGAACGUCUUUAUCGAGGUGACGGCGACCGACAAAACCAAGCUAGAGAUAGUUGUCAACAUUAUGGUGGCAAUGUUUUCCCAAUAUACCUCAGAAGAAUUCACGGUCGAGCCCAUUCAAAUCAUCUCAGAGCACAACGGCGAAUCGAGACAGGCCCCUGACCUGACACCUCGUUCCACACAGGCUGAGGUAGAUUAUAUCAAUUCUUGCUGCGGUCUCUCCCUCUCCGCGGAAGACAUCUGCAACCUCCUGACACGAAUGAGCUAUACCGCGAGGCCAUCGAAAUCUGAUCCCAACUUGAUUGAUGUUGAUGUUCCGAUCACGCGUGCAGACGUGUUGCACCAGGCUGACAUCAUGGAAGACGUGGGCAUCGCGUAUGGAUUCAACAAUUUACCGCGCGCCUUUCCUAAAGUCUCCGCUACUAUCGCAGCCCCACUGGCAAUCAACAAGCUUUCUGAUAUUUUACGCCUUGAAGCAGCGAUGGCCGGCUGGGCUGAAGUGUUACCGUUAAUUCUGUGCUCGCAUGACGAGAACUUCGGCUGGCUGAACCGCAAAGACGACGGGAAGACAGCGGUCAAACUCGCAAACCCGAAGACCGCUGAAUACCAGGUUGUACGGACGACGUUGCUGCCCGGUCUGUUGAAGACCAUCCGUGAGAACAAGCACCAUUCGAUACCGAUCAAAAUCUUCGAGGUCAGCGAUGUCGCUUUCAAAGAUGAGUCGCUUGAGCGCAAGAGCCGCAAUGAGCGACACUUUGCUGCGGCGUGGUACGGCAAAACAUCCGGUUUCGAGGUCGUUCAUGGUCUAUUAGAUCGUGUCAUGGCGAUGUUGCAGACGGCGUUCGUUACGCACGAGGAGGGGUUGGAAAUCAAGAACGGGCAUGCGAAGGGGAUGCAAUAUUGGAUCCAGGAGCUUGAUGACCCAACAUACUUCGCUGGCCAUGGUGCCAGUAUCCAUGCCAGGAUCUUGGGCCAGGAACUCAUGAUCGGCAGCUUUGGUAUCCUGCAUCCUACCGUGCUGGAAAAGUUUGAGCUCAAGUAUCCUGUGAGCGCGGUGGAAUUCAAUGUGGAGGUCUUCCUGUGAGAAAUGUUGAGGAAACUGCAUGCAGACAAAAUGAUGGCGGCCAAAUAGACAGACCAGAGUGUGACGAAAUUCAAGAUCAGUCUGAUGCAUUCUUUUCAU